UUGCCAUAAUGGGCUGUAACCUCAAUUCGACCCCGGCCCUUGCAGCCCCGGGUCGGAAGCGGAGGGAUGCGCCCUGCCUCCAGCGGGUGGCGCUCGAGUCCGACUGAACGACGACGGCGAGUGGCGGGCACGCGCCUGGGGCGCGCGCGCCACUCCUCUCGCCUCCACCCAACUCCCCCAUUAGUGCCCGAGUUUACCUCUAGAGGUCAUCAGGCAGGAUUUACGACUGGACAACAAAAGCACGUGAUUCGAAGUCGUACCCCAUAUUUGGGUGCCUACGUAGGAGGGAACCAAGUACAUGUCCCAGUCAUUUCCAUAAUUCAUCAUAAAUUGUGCAAGGGUGCUAUAGACGCACAAACGACCGCGAGCCACAAAUCAAGCACACAUAUCAAAAAACAAAUGAGCUCUUAUUUUGUAAACUCAUUUUGCGGUCGCUAUCCAAAUGGCCCGGACUACCAGUUGCAUAAUUAUGGAGAUCAUAGUUCCGUGAGCGAGCAAUUCAGGGACUCGGCGAGCAUGCACUCCGGCAGGUACGGCUACGGCUACAAUGGCAUGGAUCUCAGCGUCGGCCGCUCGGGCUCCGGCCACUUUGGCUCCGGGGAACGCGCCCGCAGCUACGCGGCCAGCGCCAGCGCGGCGCCCGCCGAGCCCAGGUACAGCCAGCCUGCCACGUCCACGCACUCGCCUCCGCCCGACCCGCUGCCCUGCUCCGCCGUGGCCCCCUCGCCCGGCAGCGACAGCCACCACGGCGGGAAAAACUCCCUGGGCAACUCCAGCGGCGCCUCGGCCAACACCGGCAGCACCCACAUCAGCAGCAGAGAGGGGGUUGGCACGGCGUCCGGAGCCGAGGAGGACGCCCCCGCCAGCAGCGAGCAGGCUAGCGCGCAGAGCGAGCCGAGCCCGGCGCCGCCCGCCCAACCCCAGAUCUACCCCUGGAUGCGCAAGCUGCACAUAAGUCAUGACAACAUAGGCGGCCCGGAAGGCAAAAGGGCCCGAACGGCCUACACGCGCUACCAGACCCUGGAGCUGGAGAAGGAGUUCCACUUCAACCGCUACCUGACCCGCCGAAGAAGGAUUGAAAUAGCACAUGCUCUUUGCCUCUCUGAGAGACAAAUUAAAAUCUGGUUCCAAAACCGGAGAAUGAAAUGGAAAAAAGAUAAUAAGCUGAAAAGCAUGAGCAUGGCGGCGGCGGGAGGGGCCUUCCGCCCCUGAGUAUUUGAGCGUUUAAAGUACUGAGCAGUAUUAGCCGGAUCCCGCGUAGUGUCAGUACUAAGGUGACUUUCUGAAACUCCCUUGUGUUCCUUCUGUGAAGAAGCCCUGUUCUCGUUGCCCUAAUUCAUCUUUUAAUCAUGAGCCUGUUUAUUGCCAUUAUAGCGCCUGUAUAAGUAGAUCUGCUUUCUCUUCAUUUCUUUGUCCUGAAUGGCUUUGUCUUGAAAAAAAAAUAGAUGUUUUAACUUAUUUAUAUGAAGCAAGCUGUGUUACUUGAAGUAACUAUAACAAAAAUAGAAAAGAGAAAAAAAAAAGUCCCCCUUCGACCUCGUUUAGUGCCAAUGUUGUGUGUUGCACUCCAGUUGUUUAACUGUGCAUGUGAGUGGAAGUGUUCCUGUCUCAAUAGCUCCAAGCUGUUAAAGAUAUUUUUAUUCAAACUACCUAUAUUCCUUGUGUAAUUAAUGCUGUUGUAGAGGUGACUUGAUGAGACACAACUUAACUUGUUCGACGUGUAGUGACUAGUGACUCUGUGAUGAAAACUGUGACUCUGAGCGGUGUGUCCCUGCGUGCCUUUGUAGGACCCUUUGCACGAACUCUGGAAGUGGCUCUUAUAAGCGCAGCUUCAGUGAUGUAUGUUUUUGUGAACAAAGUUACAAAUAUUGUCCAAGUCUGGCUGUUUAAGCAAACUGUGAUCAGCUUUUUUUUUUUUUUUUUUUGUAUUUGUUUUUAAGGAAAAAAUACUGACUGGAAACAAAAAAUAAACUUUCUAUUGUAA